AUGAAAAUGAAAAUUUUGGAAAUGUCAAAAACUGAAUUGGAAUGUGUUAUUGCAAUUGUUCAACCGGGUAAAAGUGCCAAACAAUUGCGAAUUGAUGAAAUGCAAGAAAUGGCUAUCAAAUGGUGAGUUUUUUGUUGUAGAUCACAUUUUUGGGAGGAUUUUUUCGACCAGAUUUUUUGUAGGGAUCGGAAAAAAUCGUAUCAUAAUCCAUUUUUCCGAAGCGGAUCGUUUCCUUAGUUUUCCUAUUUGCUUCAUAUAAUUUGCUAACAUAUAAUUUUUGGAACUUUUAAUUAUUUUUCUUUUAUUUCAAAGGUUAUUCGCUAAUGGUCUUUCAAUCAAUCAUCAAUUUGAAAUACGGAAAAAUGAAGAAGAUUUUUCACCUGAAUAUUACUGUAUAAUCAGAAGUGGAUCAUGUGAUUGUUGUGAAAAGGGUAAGAGAAAAUCAGAUAAAAGUCACAUGAUACUGGUAAUAUUAGACUGUUGUUCUGGGAGCUAGGAACUUAUAUAUUCGCUUUCAGAAUGUCUCAAAUUAUUAGGUCCAUCUUAGAUGUCUUAGAAAUUAUUCUCAAUGGUUUAAAAAUUCUGAAAAUUACGCCCGAUUUCUUCGAUCGUUUUAUUUGAAUGAAAACAUCUUGAUGUUUAAUAAUGUGUGAUCCAAUUUGGAAAUCCUGAAAACCCUCAUACACAUACUUCACAUUCAUUAUUUCAGAAUCACAAACAGCAUCAAUGUCAAGCUUUGACAAAGGUCCAAUCGGUGAUAAUUUUCCAAGAGCCAAAUCUCCUAAUCCCCAGGUAAACUUUUCCACAUAUCCACUAAAAAACAACAUUUUUUUAGUCUCGAAAACCACCAGCAGUCAUCCCAACAACUAAUAAAAUCACACCAAUUACUGUUCAACCUACAGUAAUCAAGGUGGAAUCACCGGAAGCUGCGAAAAAAGAAAAAGAAGAAGCGGAAGGAAAAUCAAGUUGUCGAAGAGAAUGUGGUUUAUGUUUUGUUCAAUUAUGUUCACAAUUUUAA